AUGUACGUUUGCUGUGAAAAGAGCUGGUCGACUCCGUCCGCAUCGGCACAAGCUCCGGCACUCAGCACGGGUGCUGCGGGCCCCGAGGUUGCGGCGAUGCGCUUCGCGAACUGCGCCCGCUUCGCAAGGUGCCGCAACAGCCACCUGUCCGCUUGGUCCCGCAACCUGAACUUUCAGCUGCACCGCGGCAUCGCCUCUUCCCCACUUCUUCGCGUGGCGGCGGAAUUCAGGCCGCAGAGCGGUUGGCCAGAGCAGCGGCUGUCAGCGUCCUACUGGGGCCUCAACCAGGCAUCAUCGGGCAGCAGCGAUGAGGUUGCCAUUGCCGAGGAAGUCAGUGCCGUUAUCCAAGCUUUGGCCGAGAUGGAUGCCCUCACGAGCUGGUCACCAGGCUGGUCUGGAUGCCUUGAUCAAUUAGUCGUAGGAUUUACUGCAGGACAUCAAAUACCAAGAAGAACAGUAGAACCUGAAAGGAUGCCUUGA